CUUGUACUAGGUACCCCAGCACUAAACUGCCAUUGAUUUUUCACUGUAUCGUGAAUAUACUUUGUGUCAAUCUCUCACACAAAGUUAAAUUUUCAAUAAAAUCAAAAUGUUUGCCGUAAGGAACUUGUUCAAAGCCAACACCCAAAUCCUGAAGAAUGUAGCUCAGCACAGGAACAUGAGCGUUAUCGCUACCCCGGCUAGAAACAAAAUUACCAAAGGCGAGAUGGGAGUCCUGAUCGUCGCCAUGAUUGCUGGCUGGUCCGCUGUCCCAAUCUGGGUUCUGGUUAACAUCAAAAACUACAGAACCAAGGAAUAAAUGUGUGUGUAGACAAUUUGAUUAUGUAGUUACAGAUCCAUAUGUAUGUAUUAUGUUUAAGUAAAGAGUUAAUUUAAAU